GACUAGAAGCGUCGAGGUGACACUUUGACAGGUCAGACGGCCAUUGGCAUCGUUUAAUGUUUAUGAACGGCUAUCGCGAUCGGUGAAAGAGCCCGCACCCAACAUGAGCCCUUGGGCGGCGACGGGCACCGACAGCGGUGGCGCGCGGGGGCCGGAGACACGGGACGCGUCGUGAGCCGCGGCGCCAUGGAGCGCGCCGUCGUGCGCUCGAGCGCCAGGCUCAGCGGCGGCGGCGGCGGCGGCGGCCCCAGCAAGAGCGGCGGCGGCGGAGACAAGGCCGGCAGCCGCGCCGAGGCGGCGCGCCGGGCGGCCGCGGCGGCGCUGGCGGCCGAGCGCCGCGCGAGGGCCCGCCAGCGCGCCGAGGAGGUGGAGGACAGUCCGAGCGUGCUGCGCGACAAGUGCCGAGAGCUGGCGCGAGUCGUGCGCCAGGCCAAGCAUCUCGUGGUGUACACGGGAGCGGGGAUCAGCACAGCGGCCGACAUCCCCGAUUACCGCGGCCCGCACGGCGUGUGGACACGGCUGCAGCGGGGAGAGGACAUCGGUCGCGUGGAAGUGUCCCGCGCGCAGCCCACGUUCACGCACAUGGCGCUGGCGGCGCUGGUGGCGCGCGGGCUGUGCAAGUUCGUGGUGUCGCAGAACUGCGACGGGCUGCACGUGCGCUCCGGCCUGCCGCGCCGCUCGCUCGCCGAGCUGCACGGCAACAUGUUCGCCGAGCGCUGCGCCGCGCCCCAGUGCCGCGCCGUGCUGCUGAGGGCCUUCGACACUACGCAGCGCACUCGGCGUUAUUCCCACGGCACUCGGCGCACUUGCCCCGUGCCGCGCUGCGGGCGGCCGCUGCGCGACACCAUCGUGCACUUCGGCGAGCGCGCGCGCGCCGCCUGGCCGCUCAACUGGGCCGGCGCGCUGCGCCACGCCGCCGCCGCCGACGUCAUCCUGUGUCUCGGCUCCAGCCUCAAGGUGCUCCGCCGCUACCCUCGGCUGUGGUGCAUGGCGCGGCCGGCGCGCGCGCGCCCGCGCCUCUACAUCGUCAACCUGCAGUGGACGCCCAAGGACACCGCCGCCGAGCUCAAGAUCAACGCGCGCUGCGACGCGGUGAUGCGCGAGCUGGCGCGGCGGCUGCGCGUGCGCGUGCCGCGCUACCGGCGCUCGCGCGACCCGCUGCUGGCGCACGCCACGCCGCUCGCGCCCGCCGAGCGCCACACCUGCUCGCGGCCGCUGCUGGCCCCGCCCGAGCCCGACGACAGCGGCACCUCCGAGCCCUCCGAGUUCGACUCCUCCUCCGCGUCGGAUUCCGACGAUGCGUUGCCGUUGAGGCGGCUGCAGGAGCGCCUGCGUGGUUCUCAGUCGAGAGCCAACGGCCCCUCGAGCCCCGUAGCGAGGGCCGACGGACCUCGGGGCCCCGGGGCGAGGCUCGACGGACCCUCGGGGCCCGGGGCGAGGCUCAACGGACCCUCAGGGCCCGGGACGAGGCUCGACGGGCCCCGGUGGCAAAGAGGUCCGCCGGAUCGACUACGCGACCGACAGUUUCCUGAACGGCCUCGUCCGCUAUUACAAAUGGAGGGCCUCCGUGAGCCGCCGGGCCUCGUGCCGGGGCUCGAGAGACUUCAGCGCCCGGCGGAACGCUCGAGUGACUCAAAUUUUCCGGUCGAAGGGCUCCGUCCACGAUCCCCGACGCUGCACUUGCGAGACCGACACCCGGCGGAGCGAUUGCGAAACCUAGAAACCUACGCGAAUUACCAAAGAGGCCGAAAGGCCUCGGAAACUGACUUGCAGCGCCCACAAUCUCCAGAGGAGAGCCUGCGAGAUCGACGGCCCCCCCUAUUGGACCGCUUGCAAAAUCGAGAGUGCCCGGUAGAUGGCUUGCGAAACCUAAAAUUUUUAGUGGAGCGGCUGCACACACCUGUUCCAUGGUCCCCGACGGAGCGCUUACGGAGCCCUGAUACCCUGGCGGACCGCUUACGAGACCCAGAGAUGUUGGAGCCUGAAGAAAAGAAGCCCAAACUGGAGAACGGCAUUUGUGUCGUGGUUAAAGAGGAACACCUGAGGUCUUUUGAGGUGUCCCUCGCCGACGGGGCGGCGCGCAUCCUCCUGCACGCCGCGCACGCGCCCGAGCCCAAGGAGGAGGAGGACGAGGGCGGCGGCCUCCCGCGGCCCCCCCGGCCCCGCCCCGAGGAGGACCCGGAGAGCGAGGCGUCCCGGGCCGCCGCGGCGUUCAUAGCGCGGGCCGUGCUCUUGUGCAGGGGCAAGCUGUACCCCGGCCUGCACACGAUCCUGGGCGCGGCGCCGGAGCCGGCGGGCUCGGGCUCGGGCUCGGGCUCGUGCGGCUGGUGCCGGCGGCGGCGCGGCAGCCGGCGCUGCCUGUGGUACCCGGCGCGCGACCCGCAGCCCGCGGGCCGCGUGUGGCGCCGCGCGCGCGGCCGCCGCUACCUGUGCACCUGCUGCCCGGCCGGGGACGACGCCGGCGACGACGGCGGCGACGAGGGCGGCGAGGGCGGCUGGUACGGGAAGGGCUACCGAAAGGGCCGCAAGAAGAAACGGUAGCGGGGCCCCGGCGCCCCGGCGCGCCUCUGUAAAUAUUUAUAUUUAUUUUUUUAAAGAGCGAAAGACGGGUAGCCGGACGGUUGUGAUCGAAGUGCCGACCUACUCGGUUUCGGGCGGCUCGAAUGUGCGGCCCUCCCUCCUUGGGGCUUCGGAGACGACUCGGGGGUCGAGCUCCGAAUACUUGUGUAGAGACCGACCGAGCUAACUUUGCCCCUACUUAUACGGAGCGAAGCGAGGGGGGGGGGGGUCGUUAUAGACGUCAUAUUUUUCACAGAAAUUUUACAUUCAUGACGCCGUUGCGUUAGCUCGGUUCGACUCUGAUCGAAUAAAAUGUGAGUGUAGCGGCCCGUGUGCCGCCCGUGAGGGGCGAUCUAUGAACAAACUACUAUUAGUCACAGACGAACAAAUGUCUUGGAUGUGUGUGUAUGAAUUGAAUUUUAAUUACGGAUACUUAAAUUGAACGAUUGAACGAUGUUAUAAUUAUAAUAUCUAAUUGUAAUGAAUUUGAACUGAUUUUUGUGUAAGUAAUCUUAAAACGUGCAUGGACAAUUUGUGUCAAAAUUUUAAUACAUGAAUUAAAAUAAUUAAGUGAACAAA